AGCUGCCCGGAGCCCAGACAGCCCAGACAGGCGCUCCAGACAGCUGCCCGAGCCCAACCGUGCUCAUGGCAUCCAACACGUCUGCUGUGCCCCGGCCCCUCUCUGGACCUACUCCACCUGGCAACGGCAGCAAGGAGCUGUCGGACACCCGGGACCCACUACUGGUCCAGGCGGAGUUAGCCCUGCUCUCCACGGUCUUUGUGGCUGUGGCCCUGAGCAAUGGCUUGGUGCUGGGCGCCCUGGCGCGCCGGGGCCGGCGGGGUCGCUGGGCGCCCAUGCAUGUCUUCAUCGGCCACUUGUGCCUGGCCGACCUGGCUGUGGCUCUGUUCCAAGUACUGCCCCAGCUGGCGUGGGAUGCCACUGACCGCUUCCGUGGGCCUGAUGCCCUGUGCCGGGCGGUCAAGUACCUGCAGAUGGUGGGCAUGUAUGCCUCCUCCUACAUGAUCCUGGCCAUGACACUGGACCGCCACCGCGCCAUCUGCCGCCCCAUGCUGGCAUACCGCCACGGAGGCGGAGCUCGCUGGAACCGGCCGGUGCUGGUGGCCUGGGCCUUCUCGCUCAUUCUCAGCCUGCCCCAGCUCUUCAUCUUCGCCCAGCGUGACGUGGGUGACGGCACUGGGGUGAUUGACUGCUGGGCCCGCUUUGUUGAGCCCUGGGGCCUCCGAGCCUAUGUCACCUGGAUCGCCCUAAUGGUGUUUGUGGCACCUGCCCUGGGCAUCGCUGCCUGCCAGGUGCUCAUCUUCCGCGAGAUUCACGCCAGCCUGGUGCCGGGGCCAGCAGAGAGGGCUGGGGGCUGCCGUGGAGGGCGUCGGACAGGCAGUCCCAGUGAGGGGGCCCGGGUGUCGGCAGCCAUGGCCAAGACCGUGAGGAUGACGCUGGUCAUCGUGAUUGUGUACGUGCUGUGCUGGGCACCCUUCUUCCUCGUGCAGCUGUGGUCAGCGUGGGACCCGAAGGCGCCCCGGGAAGGUGGGUGUAGCUGUGGCUAG